CCCAGCCAGAUGUGGGGGGUGGCAGCUCAGAGGCAUGCCCCCCGCCCUGCCACACCGACCCCACUUCCUCCUGCCGCUGCUGCUGCUGCUGUCCUGCCAGCCCCAGGCCCCCUCCGCACAGGUGAUGGACUUCCUCUUCGAGAAGUGGAAGCUCUAUGGGGACCAGUGUCUCCACAACCUGAGCCUGCUGCCACCCCCCACUGAGCUGGUCUGUAACAGAACCUUUGACAAGUACUCCUGCUGGCCCGACACCCCUCCCAACACCACGGCCAACAUCUCCUGCCCCUGGUACCUGCCUUGGUACCACAAAGUUCAGCACCGUUUCGUCUACAAGAGGUGUGGGCCCGACGGGCAGUGGGUGCGUGGGCCCCGGGGGCAGCCGUGGAGAAAUGCCUCCCAGUGCCAGAUGGACAACGAGGAGAUCGUGGUCCAGAAGGAGGUGGCCAAGCUGUACGGCAGCUUCCAGGUGAUGUACACGGUGGGCUACUGCCUCUCGCUGGGGGCGCUGAUCCUGGCCCUGGUCAUCCUGCUGGGCCUCAGGAGGCUGCACUGCACCCGAAACUACAUCCACGUGAACCUGUUCGCGUCCUUCGUGCUCAAGGCCAGCUCCGUGCUGGUCAUCGACGCGCUGCUCAAGACCCGCUACAGCCAAAAGGUUGGAGACGACCUCAGCGUGAGCGGCUGGCUGAGCGACGGGGCGGUGGCCGGCUGCCGGGUGGCUGCGGUGUUCAUGCAAUACGGCGUCGUGGCCAACUACUGCUGGCUGCUGGUGGAGGGCGUGUACCUGCACAGCCUGCUGGGCCUCGCCGCCUGCCCCGAGAGAAGCUUCUUCACCCUCUACCUGGGCAUCGGCUGGGGCGCCCCCAUGCUGUUUGUCAUCCCCUGGGCCGUGGUCAAGUGUCUGUUCGAGAACAUCCAGUGCUGGACCAGCAACGACAACAUGGGCUUCUGGUGGAUCCUGCGCUUCCCCGUCUUCCUGGCCAUUUUGAUCAAUUUCUUCGUUUUCAUCCGUGUCCUUCACAUCCUCGUGGCCAAGCUGCGAGCCCGCCAGAUGCGCCAAACCGACUACAAGUUCCGGCUGGCCAAGUCCACGCUGACCCUCAUCCCCCUGCUGGGGGUCCACGAGGUGGUGUUCGCCUUUGUGACGGACGAGCAUGCCCAGGGCACCCUGCGCUUCGCGAAGCUCUUCUUCGAUCUCUUCCUCAGCUCCUUCCAGGGCCUGCUGGUCGCUGUCCUGUACUGUUUUCUCAACAAGGAGGUGCAGGCAGAGCUGCUGAGGAGCUGGCACCGUUGGCGCAUGGACGAGGUACUGCGGGAGGAGCACCAGGGCAGUAGCCACCGGGCCUUGGACAGGCCCACCAGCGAGAAGCUUCUGCUCUCCAGGGGCCACGACAGCAACGGGGCCAGCCACGACCCCUCUGCGGAGACCCACGUGGCCGGCAGCCUCCCCGGGUUGGCCCAGAGCUCCUUGUGAAGCCCCCAGAACCCCACCUGGGGCUGGACUCAGGAGCCCAGAGGGCACCAAUGAACAAUUGAGAGGCCGGGGGGGGGUGGCUGGAGUGGCCUCACUGUCCACGUCC